CCUCCGCCCGCACCUCCACCUCGUACUCCGACACCCGCUCCCGGUCCAGCGCCUCCCGCAGCACCAGCGAACGCGUCCUCCGGCACCGGCACCGACAGCGACGUCACCCACACCUCCGGCGCGUUGUCGUUCACGUCCAGCACUUCCAGCUCCACGCUGCAGUGUCCUGACAAUGGGGGUGUGCCUUUAUCUGUCGCUUCUACACGAAAAUCAAACACACUGACAUCCUCAAAGUCGAGUGUGCCCGUUAGUCGGAUUUCACCCGUCCUCGGAUUGACGGCAAUCACAUCUUUUCCACUCGAGGGAACGAAGUUGGUCGCCGUGUACAUCACCUCACUGUUACUACCCAAGUCCGGAUCCGUGGCAUUCACCCGCAUCACCAGCGUCCCCUCUGCAGCGCUCUCCGGCAGCUGCACUUUAUACACCGACUGGUUGAACUGCGGCGCGUUGUCGUUUGCAUCCAGCACCUCGAUCACCAGCUCCAUCGUGCCC